CACAUCGUUGCUCGGUUCUCUCGACUAUUCCCGACUAUUUCCGAGGCGGACUCGUCGGCUCGGCGCGACCGACUUGAAGUAGUUGAAGAUGCUACGUUGCGACUCCCAAAAAGUUGCUGGUUCUCUUGAUUUGAUUUCCUGCCGCGGAAGCGAGAGUCGACAGUGUCUUUAGGGAUGCGCAAAACGAUAAAUUAAAUAAUAAGUUGAAAGUUUAUCGAUAUCGAUCAGCAGGCGAUUAACUUAUCAAGAUUUAAUCGGCGAUUAAUUUAUCAAGUAAUCAAAUAAAUUGAGAAAAGACUAAUGAACGGUCAUCGCAAAAUCUUGGUGCUUCUAAUAUUUCUGUAUUAAUUUUACAUAUAUUUUCUAGAUUCAAUGAACUGCGUAUGUAAAAUUCACACAUAAAUAUUAGAAGCACCAAAAUCCUAUGCCUGUGACCGCUCAUUGACCUUCUCUCGCUAAUUUAUUAAUAUUAACGAAUUUAUUAAGUAUAAAUACAUGUAUUAUACAUGCAUGUACUACUUUGUUAACACGGAUAGAAUUAUUAUUAUUUCUUUUUUGUUUAAAGAAAUGUUUUAAAGAUAGAUUAGAUUACAAUUUAAUUGUUUACACUUUUAUAAAUGCAACUUAUUUAAAGGAUUCAAUUUUAGAAAUGUAACAAAAAGUUUCCUCGAAAUUCGUAGGAAAUAAAAUCAUCGCCAAUUUUUUUUUACCCGUGAGUCACGAAUCUACCCUUAUUAUUUAAACCGUGAAGAUAGGCGGAAACGUUGAACUUCAAUUGUUUCUUAACGCUAUUUCGAGUCGCACUCUCCUUCUGUUCCCAUAAAUAGAUAGUGUUCGAUUAAUUAAGCCAUUUCGAAUCGUAGCCUUCUUUUGUUCCCAUAAGUAGAUAGCAUUCGAUUAAUCAAAUUGAAUAUAUACAUGAGAAUAAUUUCAAUUUUAUCCAGCAUUAUAUACAUCCAGUAGAUAUAUACUUCAUUUUUUGCGUCUGAACGAAGGAAACGUUUGCCGAAAAUGAGCAAAGAUUCGCGUUCCAGAAUGUUUGACAACAUUAUUUUGAUCUGUAACAAAUGCUACUCCCCGACGUACAGGGGAAAACGUCCGUAUCACAUCACGCAGUGCGGUCAUAUCUUCUGCCAGGCUUGUCAGCAGCAAUGCACCACCGUCGAGAAGCAACCGUGUCCGCAGUGUCGGCGCACCGACAUCAUAUCGGUAGGGCUGGAAGAUCCGUUGCCGCCGCAGGUCACCCCGUUCUUCCAUUCCAUGCUCGAGAUCCUGGAAACACUGCAGAAGGUGGAAACGUUCCGCGUCGGCCAGAUGAAAAUAGUGAUGCAGCGCUUCUUUGACAUCGAUAAAAAGUACGAGAUCCUGAAGAGCCGGUACUGGAUGCAGCAGCGCAAUUUGAAAGUGUUGACGGAGAAGUACAUGAAUUUGAAGAAGGAAUACGAGAAGACAGCUGCGGCUCUCAACAAGAAGCUGCAGUUCGCCGAGGUGCAGAGGGAAACUCCGCAAUCCCGCAUGUACCGCGUGAGGGAGACGCCCGACUCCGGUAUCUCAUUCAUGCAUCACUCGAGCACAGGGAUGACAGGAUACUCUAUGGAAUCGUUGAAAUCCGCCACAACACCCAUAAAUAUAACACCCAUCAUGCCGCUAUCGCCAGAUUUAAAGAAACAGAAGUAUAGAAGAACCGCCGAUGGUUUUCGCGUACCCCGCCAACCGUAAACCUUCGAAAUAUAUCGUUUCCUAAAUAUAUCGUAUCGAAUUGAGUUAUAGUAUUAUAAGACACAUUUAUUUCUUUAUUAGUCUUUCAUAAUUAUGUUAUUUUGAGUUCGUCUCAUUUAACUUAUAUUUAAGCGAAAACGCGAACUUUCGCCGUAAUAAAAAAAAAAGAAUUAAAUGACGACCUCGUUAAACAUACGCGAAAAAUGUAAAUUUUUUUUAUUGUAAAUUCUGACGAAGAUUAUGUUACGUUCUAGACACAACACAAAGUCUAAAAUCGAUACUAAGACGUCUUUUAUAGUCGAGUCAUCUUUUAAAUAUCUUUUAGACAAUUCUCGCAGACGUUGUCUGGGGUAUUUGAAAUAGACGUUCUACUUUGUAUUAUCUCGUAUCGUGUACAUUUUUAAUUACGCGAACUUUCGUCGUAAUUUAAAAAAAGAAAAGAAUUAAAUGACGAUCUCGUUAAAUGUACGAGAAAAAUGUGAAUUAUUUUUAUUGUAAAUUCUGACGAAGAUUACGUUACGUAUUUGAAAUAAACGUUCUACUUUGUAUUAUCUCGUAUCAAAGUACAUUUUUAAUUAUGCGAACGUUCGUCGUAAUUUAAAAAAAGAAAAUGAUUAAAUGACGAUCUCGUUAAACGUACGAGAAAAAUGUGAAUUAUUUUUAUUGUAAAUUCUGACGAAGAUUAUGUUGCGUAUUUGAAAUAAACGCUCUACUUUGUAUUAUCUCGUAUCAAAAUACAUUGAAUUUUUUUUU